AUGCUCGCUUCCUUCCUCCGAAGCCGCGACAUCGAGACCGUGGUACCUACACACGGCCCCUUCCUCGCUGCUAAACUAGCAAAGAAGACUAGGACAAGCGAGGAGGAGAACGCUUUCUGGAGGGAAUUGGAAGGAAGAGGUGGGAUCAAGGUUGCACCUGGGCGGGCGUUCAAUGGAGUGGAGAAGGAUGGGGUUAGGGAAGAGGUCAUGCAGGAGGUGGUGGGAAAGCUGGAGGACUUCUAUGGGGGGAGUGGAUGA